CAUAAGAGGAAGUGGAUAAUGUAGCGCGCUCACGUAGGCACCUGUCUUGGUCAGAACGCCACAUAUAUCGGCCGGUCAUCUUGUAAGAGACGCGUUUUGCCUUUAUAAAGUAUGAAUAAUCCUUUGAUCCACUGAAGCGAUGUCUCGGACUUGGUGCGUGGUUCUCCUUGUGACGUUCGUAACGACAGUUUUCGGAACCUGUUACCACAAAGAUGGGACCGUUAUCCUCGGCGGACUGUUUCCUAUCCACGGGUACAAUGGUUAUGACCAGUGCGGCCCUCUCCUGGGACCGUCCCGUGUCCAGCGCCUCCUGGCCAUGGCUCAGGCCGUGGAUGACGUCAACAACAAUCCCGACAUCCUCUCCGGUGUGACGCUGGGUUACGCCAUCUUCGACACCUGUUCCCGAGAAUCCAUCGCGCUGAACCAGAGCCUCAACUUCAUCCAACAUCACUGUGAUAAAAAAGUGUCCUGUCAGAGUAAUGAAGAGCUCCAAGAUCAAAUGAUUAAUGAAUCUCCUCGUUGCUGUGAUAUCAUCUGCCCUUCUAAUUCUUCUUGGGUUCUAGUAAUAGAAUAUGACGUCAGUAUACUUUUGCCUUAUUACCCCGGCAGAUAUUCCAACCUGGUAGGAGUGGUGGGUGCGUCAUUCAGUACGUCAUCAAUGCUGGUCUCGCACGUUCUCGCGUUACAACAGAUCCCGAUGAUCAGCUACAUCUCCACCAGUCACCUGCUGUCGGACAAGACGCAGUACCCAUUCUUUCUCCGCACAGCAACACCUGACAACUUGCAGGCAGAGGCGAUUGUUGACCUUUUGCAGUACUUUAACUGGACGUACGUGUCGCUCGUGUACUCCGAUGGAGGAUAUGGAUUUGAAGGGAUGCGUUCCUUACAGGAGGAGGUUGGACAGACAGACAUCUGUAUCGCCACCAUCCAGCAGAUCUGCAGGAGCUCCACAGAAGGUGAAGCAGAGAAUGUCAUCAGGAAACUGCAGUCCUACGCAGAGGCGCGAGUCGUCAUCAUGUUCACUACCAUCUUCGAAACCAACAUGCUUCUCAGCGCCUCCUUGCGGCUGAACACGACAGGGCAGUUCGUGUGGGUGGGGAGUGACGGGUGGGGCACCACGACUGACGAGUUGUCCGGGAACGAGUUAGCUGCUCUCGGCGCCAUCACCUUCCAACCGGCCACGUGUGAGGGGAGCUUCGCGGCUUUCCACGUCGACAGGAACAACCCCUGGCUAGGGGAGAUGAUCGCGGCUGGUAUGAUCCAGAACACGACCUGUAACCUGACCACAGACGCCUGUCACACCGUCAUGGCGGCGGAGACAGACGAUUCCAUCGUGCACUACGUGAGGGACGCCGUGUUUGCAUAUGCGCAUGCGCUGGACUCCAUGAUGAAAGCGUGUGGCCAGAGAGUUGACUGUCUUCUGGCAUCUUCGUGUAGAGGAGUCACUUUAAGGGACACUCUACUGAACUCCACGUUUGACGGCUCGUGCGGCCGGGUGAAGUUCGACUCUAACGGUGACGUCAUGGGCAAGUAUGACGUCAGGAACCUCCAGCGGCGAGCUGACGGCGGUUUUGAGCACGUGAUCAUCGGGAAGUGGGACUCCAUCGACCGCUCCAUCAGUGUGGACCUGGACAGAAUCGUCUGGAACUGGACCCAGGCACCGACCUACCCAUAUAACCACGAGUAUCCGCAUUAUCAUCAUAAGCCCGGAUCUUCCGGCACAAAGGACGUGGACCCGUCCGACCCCGAUGUUCUGUGGGUGCCGAAGUCUGUGUGCAGCGAGCCGUGUCCAGAGGACCGCCAGCGGGUCCAGCUGCCCAACCCGUGCUGCUGGGACUGCGUCCCGUGUCCGCACAACCACGUCGUGGUCAACGGGACCAGCUGCGUCCAGUGUUCGCUUCUGGAGACUGUAGACGCUAAUGAAUGCGUGACUAUCCCACCAGUGUGGCUCUCACACAGCUCCUACACAGGCACCAUACUCACGGCCAUCUCGCUAGGGGGCGCAGUCAGCACUCUAGUGGCUUUCUUCGUCUUCGUGACGCACCACGAGCACCCGCUCAUAAAGGCGUCGAACAAGCACCUGAGUCGGCUGAUCCUACUGGGUCUGUUUGAAGGUUACGUUCACGUCCUGGUCAUCUGUUGGAAGCCGACCUACGUCACGUGUCUCAUCAACAGACUGAUGUUUGGGGCAGACUUCACUCUUAUUUAUGCACCGCUUCUCACCAAACUUAACCAGGUGUACCGUAUCUUCAGCGGUGCCAGCUCAUCUGUCGUCAAGCCGAGGUUCAUCGGGUCUCACGCGCAGGUGUUCAUCAGUGUGCUGCUCGUCCUCAUACAGCUUCUUCUGACGUCCGUCAACCUGAUCCUGACCCCAACAAAGGUCAUGUCCGUGCCCACCGGAAGUGGCGACGAACGAGGAGUGGAGUUGGCCUGUCUGACUCGCGACAAUAACUUGAACGAGGUUGUGGCCUCCAUCCUGUACAACCUGUUCAUCAUCCUCCUGUGUACGUACUACGCCUUCAAGACACGCAGCCUCCCCGCUUGUUACAACGAGUCGCGAUUCAUCAGUUUCCAGGUGUACACGACUGUAGUUCUGUGGGUCGCGUUUAUCGCAACCUACUUCUCAAUGUCGACACCCAUCAACAGGUCUAUUUGCCAUGCCGGAGCCUUGAUGGUGAACGACACCUCUGCACUGAUCUGUUUCUUUGGCCCCAAAAUCUACGCCGUUUAUAAAGGCAAAUCCACCACGAGGGUUGGGGUCAGUGGAUCUGGAUCCGGAGUUUAUAACGGAUGCAGCACGACGCCCUGCCCGAGACCCCACGUGAGUUUCAGCCCGCCCUCCUCGGUGGACGCCACCCUGAAGCGGAUAGAAACUGCCGCCACUGAUGUCUUCAGUCUGCCGUCCACAAGGAUCAGUGAUUGAACAGUUACCAU